GAAUAGAAAGGAGAGCGAAAUGAAGACCGCGGUGGAGCUGUCUUCAGUCGAGGAGCGGCCGACAACUGAGGAGAGGGAGAGAAUGGAGGAGAGUAGAGGCGCCGCUGGCGGUGUUGAGGUUCCAAAGUCUGUGGAGGAGGAGGUUGAUGAGAGGUGGAUUCCGCAGCCGGAACAGGAUAAUAACCCGAAAGAGGGGAUCCAGUUGUGA